AAGAUUUGUUACAUUGUUGUAUUGAAGUUGAGAGGCACAAGGACACACCCUUAUCUGCAGAGCUCUUUCCAAAAAAUAAAAACAAAACUGAAACUAAAAUUUGCACCACUCGUAGAGCACACCCCUAUCUCUUUUGCAAAAGCCAUUAAAAGAAAAAUAUUCUAUUUUAUCUAUUUCAUAUUAUAAUUCUAAGGCUUCUCUUUCAUAUAUUUGUCAACUCUUUCUUUGCCAUUUGUUGCACACACUCAAGUCUCCUGGAAUCAGAGUUGAGUCUUGUUCCAGUUCCAGGGAUCCAAAUGGCGCAGAUUUUGGCAGCUUCUCCAACAUGUCAAAUGAGAUUGACUAAACCGAGCUCCAUUUCAUCGUCAAAGUUAUGGAACUCGGUUGUGUUGAAACAGAAGAAACUAAGCAGCACCAGCAAAGUCAGAAGCUUUAAAGUGAUGGCUCUCCAAUCUGAUAACAGUACAAUCAACAGAGUUGAGAGUCUUCUCAAUCUAGACACCAAACCUUUUACUGAUCGGAUCAUCGCUGAGUACAUUUGGAUUGGAGGAUCUGGAAUUGACCUUAGGAGCAAGUCAAGGACGCUUGAAAAGCCCGUGGAAGAUCCUUCUGAGCUUCCCAAGUGGAACUAUGAUGGCUCGAGUACAGGACAAGCACCUGGGGAAGAUAGUGAAGUGAUUCUCUAUCCGCAAGCUAUCUUCAGAGAUCCUUUCCGUGGAGGCAAUAACAUAUUGGUUAUCUGUGAUACCUACACACCAGCUGGUGAGCCAAUUCCAACAAACAAACGUGCUAAAGCUGCUGAGAUUUUCAGCAACAAGAAGGUCAAUGAAGAGAUUCCAUGGUUUGGCAUUGAACAAGAGUACACUUUACUUCAGCCAAACGUAAACUGGCCUUUGGGUUGGCCUGUUGGAGCUUAUCCUGGUCCUCAGGGUCCUUACUACUGUGGAGUUGGAGCAGAAAAGUCUUGGGGACGUGACAUUUCAGAUGCUCAUUACAAAGCUUGUUUAUAUGCUGGAAUUAACAUUAGUGGUACUAAUGGUGAAGUUAUGCCAGGACAGUGGGAAUUCCAAGUUGGCCCGAGCGUAGGAAUCGAAGCAGGUGAUCAUGUUUGGUGUGCUAGAUACCUUCUUGAGAGAAUCACAGAACAAGCUGGUGUUGUCCUAACACUUGAUCCCAAGCCGAUAGAGGGUGACUGGAAUGGUGCUGGUUGUCAUACCAAUUACAGUACAAAGAGCAUGAGAGAGGAAGGCGGAUUUGAGGUGAUUAAGAAGGCAAUUUUGAACCUCUCGCUUCGUCACAUGGAGCACAUCAGUGCAUACGGUGAAGGCAAUGAGAGGAGGUUGACUGGAAAGCACGAGACAGCUAGUAUCGAUCAGUUCUCAUGGGGCGUGGCUAACCGUGGAUGCUCAAUUCGUGUGGGACGUGAUACCGAGAAGAAAGGAAAAGGUUACUUGGAAGAUCGGCGCCCAGCGUCAAACAUGGACCCAUACGUUGUGACCUCACUUUUGGCAGAGACCACGCUUCUCUGGGAGCCGACCCUUGAGGCUGAAGCACUUACAGCUCAGAAGCUAUCUUUGAAAGUUUAAAUUAUUCAUAAACACACGUGUUUAUUUACGUGGUGUUCCCGGGAUCAUAAAUGUUCUUUAGAACAUUGUUCCGAAUUAAGACGUUCUUUGUCGCCUUUUUCUUUAAUUCGCAUUGUUGUAAAAACUCAGAAUUUCAUGGGCAAUGUUAAUCCUUUUGUAUUUACUCUUAAGAUCUUGUUCUAGUAUCGUCAUGGCUAAUGUGAGUUUAUAUAUGGUCUUCGAUUAA